AUGGCUCUAUCACUCAUCUCGCUCCCAAACGAUGUGCUUCUCAUGAUAGCGGAACAACUCGAUCAACAUUUGGAUCGAUGGAACAUCGUUUUCGUCUGCCGCCAUUUCCAUAAUCUCUUCAUUUCUAUGGUGUACCGAGCGGUGCCGCUUCAGAAUCAGCGUGCGGCCAAUUCCUUCCUCCACGCCAUAUCCCGGCGCCCCUACCUUGCGAGAGCAGUGCGACAUCUGGACUUGAGUGCAUGGGGGACAAAGGAAAUCGCAGAGGAAGACCGAUGGGAGCUCGAAAGAUCCGUACUAAUCAGGGAAUGCAUCCACAGCUUAUCACAUUCGGAGGGGGAGGCGACGCAAUGGCAGGAAAGCUUGACCCGUGGCCGGAGUGAAGCGUGGUCGGCUCUUUUGUUGCCUCUGCUAAGUCAUUUAGAACAGCUUCAGGUUGCUCACGGGUCAGAAACAACCUGCCUCGAACGCUCACUCGAACGGGCACUCAAGGGGGACAAGUCUUUCCGCGGCGGGCGUGCACUCCAACACCUGGCCCAUGUCUUUCUCCAUCACCGUGAGGAUCUCAACCCUUCAAGGAAUGAGCAUCCUGCUGCGGAACGUUCUGCCCAGUCACCAUCCACGCUGCUACUGCCAUUCUUCCAAUUGCCCUCGAUGCGGACGAUCAUCGCCACUGCGGUGGUGGACUCAAGCCUUUCCAACGAGGAGCCGGCAUUGGAGCCCUUCGAUUUAUCGUCGAUUAAAAACAUCGAUUUGCGAGCAAGUAGUGUAAACAAUGGAAUGGAGGCGUUGAUCACCUCCUGUGCAGAUUUGAAGUCCUUCAAGUAUCAACAUUCUGAUUCGCACCUGCACUCCCGCGGCUACCAACCCACCGCCUUCUAUCGCUCGUUGUCUCACAGCAAGCGAACUCUAGAGGUCCUAUGGUUGGAUCAUUAUGGGGACCACUAUGCAUUUACUGCAGCUGGGCUGAAUCAAACUCACGAUGAAUGGUUUGGAUCCUUAGCCGAAUUCAGUGCUCUCCGGGAGGUCCGCAUUCGCCUGCCGAACCUGCUCGAUAUCCGUUACCAAAGCGAACCCGCCACAUCUCUCUUGAACUGUCUCCCGGCUUCGUUGGAGACCAUCUACAUCGAAGGUUGUGAGGAGCGACACCUGGCAAUGUUGGUGUCUCAACUUCGUAUUGUGGUCAAGAGCCACCGAACGCGUCUGCCCCGACUUCAACGAAUUGAUGUUGAAGGGGAUUUCCACAAUGCUUCUGAUGAGUCUGGCGAAUUCAGGCCCCCGGAAUCUGAUCCAGCCAACAACAACAUCAUCAAGCAGAAGAUUCUACAAGCAGCUGAGCCACUCCAUUUGGAUUGUGCCGCUGCUGGGUUAGAACUUCAUCUCCACGAUCGCGUCUUCACCCGGGAGAUCCCAACCUAA